GAGAGUGGCUGGAGAGAACAUGACAGACUGUGACAGUCACGUGAUGCACACUGGCCCCACAAGACUGUUUCUCAUAGACUUACAUUGUGAAAGAAGCAGCUGUAAAAUGGUGGAUACAUUUUUUUGGGGCUUCACAACCCCUGCGAAAUGACUCGUUUUAGCAUGAGAAUUUGAUCCAUUUGGUCCAAUAACGUUUGGACUAGAAGAGCUGCACAAUUAAAUAAUUUUGUCCCCAUUCAAGUUAGCAGAGGGCUAAAGCGGAAGUUAGCCGGCUUGCGCACCCCUGACCCUGCCAAGGGAGGUGGGGUCUUUACAGUAGCACCCCUUGGUUACCUUGGACUUCCAAAAUUGUCAAAAACAUUAUUUUUUAUAUUUAAUAUAGUAUCAAAAAUAAUAAUAGAACUCAGUAACUGCAAGAAAACUUAUUAAGGAGUACUUACUUAAGGAGACAUAUGAUAAUGAUUUGUAUAAUCUCAUGAAAUCUUUUUAUAUUAUUGACUAAAACAUCGCAGGUGACAAGGGUGAGAUGAUUUAUAUUUUGAAUAACUAUUUCAUAAGGUGUCUGUUUUCAUCCUUUCAUAAGAUUAAGGAAAGCUGUGUUUUGCUACUGCAUACACACAGCGUACAGACAGCUGAAGCAGCCACCUACUGGUUUGUAUGAAGAGAGGAAUCGGAUACAGAAAUCCAGUGUUCAACUCUUGAGAAGUAAGUUAUAUGCUACUGCUGACCAAUCAGACACUCUGGUCAGAUCUGUUUUUGGUCAUUCAGAACUUCUUUAGAAUUCACGUUUAAAUUACAGGUGCAUGUAUUACAGAAAAAUCAUAAGUAAUAAUUAAUAAAGGUCACAAACCCUUCUAAAUGAAUCAUACUUUAUGCAUUAGUUCAUAUGUUUAUUAGUCAUGCAUGCAGGGUCAUGCAUUAAUGAAUGCAUUAAUUAAUGAUAAGUUGUUACCUUUAUUAUGAUGCUGACAUUAGCACUCAACUCUGACAGAUCCCAUACUGAACUAACUAAAGACCAUCUGCUACCACGAAGACCUAUUACACUAAUCAACCAGCUAUCCUAAAAUUCAGUAUUCACACAAUCCCCAUUCUCAGGUCUCUUUCUUUCCACCUUUAAAACAGAUUUGAAAUAUUAUUGUUAUUAUGGCAUUUUUUAAACUAUUUCACAUAAAAAAUAAGUACAUAAAACAAGACAAACACACACAUUAAAUAACAUUCUCAAAAAACACAAAUAGACUCCUGCACCAGAGUUGCCACAUUUCAAAAGUAGCCUCACAAUGUGUGUAGCUUUUGGUUGGAUUUACCAAUGUUCUCUACCUUGGCCGGUCUGCAAAUUAAAACAUAAGAUUCCUUAUGACCUGUGAGUACGUUUAUGAACAUUUGACAUACACUUAAAUGUAGACACAAACAAAAACAUGUUUUUUUAUCAUUCCACAUCAUAGGCGGAAAUUUGAGUAUGGAUGGUGGGGACAUGGCUCUAUCAAUUUUAAGGUGCUGCUGAAUUUUCCCUACCAAUAUUAUUACAGAUCUCAAACUAUAUUGUAAUUUUAAGUCCUCAUAGUAUUACCAUUAAGGUCUAUGCAGCGCUGCCAGGUUUCUGUGUUUUCUUCAAAAAGUGGGCUACUUUAACAGAGAAUGAAAGAGCGAGAUAUGGGGGAGACCUGACCUGAUGAUCUGGCGUCUGUGAACUGAAUGAACAGCGGUGAACCUGAAGCGAGUGAAUCAGGAGCUGAGGUAUUACUGUAUGCAUGCAUCAUUUUAUCAGGAGAAUCCUGUCAGCAGCAGUUUGAGCAGCAGAGACGCACAGACAGUUUGUGGCUGUGAGCUUUUGGGUCGGUUUGACAUGCCAAGUUUGUUCAAGCAAGGAGACAUAAUGAUCGGGGGUAUUUUCCCGGUUUUCAACAAAGACAUAAGUAGCACUUCAACAUUCGAGAGCAAGCCACCUGGAGCAAAGUGUGCACGAUUUUACCUGCGAGCUUUUCGGUGGACCCAAGUGAUGAUAUUUGCAAUUGAAGAAAUCAACAAAGAUCCUGCUCUCCUGCCAAACAUAUCUCUUGGCUAUAGGAUCCUUAAUUCUUGUUCAUCUCCUACAAAUACUUUACGUGCUGCACUAACACUGGCUAGUGGACCAGAGGAGAUAGAAUUGACUUCCCCUUGUCCUCCAGCUAUAUCUGCCGUCAUAGCAGAGUCAGGAUCAUCUCAGUCUUUAGCUGUGGCUGGAGCUCUUGGACCAUUUCAAGUGCCAAUAGUAAGUUACUUUUCAACAUGUACCUGCCUGAGUGACAGAGCUAAAUAUCCUACAUUUUUCCGGACAAUCCCCAGUGACUACUUCCAGGCAAAAGCUUUGGCAGCACUGGUCAAACGUUUUGGCUGGCAGUGGAUUGGGGCCAUACAGUCAGACAAUGACUACGGGCGGAAUGGGAUCCUAGCUUUUACUGAAGAGGUUAAAAAGCUUGGGGUUUGUAUUGCAUUUGUCGGAACAGUUCUACGAACAUACACUAUGGAUAAAAUUCUGGAUGUGGUGGAAAUGAUCAAGCAGUCAACUGUCAAAGUCAUUCUGGCUUUCGUUCCAGAGGGUGACUUUUACCCUUUGAUGAAAGAGGUUGUGAAACAGAACAUUACGGGAAUUCAGUGGAUUGCCAGUGAGGCCUGGAUAACAGCAACUCAAUCCUCCACACCUGAAAUCUACCAAGCUUUUGGUGGAGCUCUAGGAUUUGUGGUACAGAAGAUGGCUAUUCCAAAUCUAAAACCAUUUCUUACAGGCAUUAGCCCUUAUACUGAUCCAAGUGCAGCCUUUGUGAGUGAUUUCUGGGAGAUUAUUGUGGGCUGUAGACCUGUUUUACCUGGGGAACACACAGGUACUGAGGCAAUGAAUGGAAUAUGUACAGGCAAUGAGACAUUAAUGAAUUCCCAGGAUGUGUUCUUCAAUGUCACACAGCUCAGAGUGUCUUAUAAUGUCUAUAAAGCAGUUUAUGCCAUUGCACAUGCCCUACAUCAGCUGGUGUUCUGCCAACCAACUGCAGAAAAAACAAUAAAGCCAUGUUUGAAUGCAUCAGAAAUUCAGCCCAAAGAGGUCACUGAUCACCUACAAAGGGUGAAUUUUAGAAAUCAGUUUGGGGAUAAUGUGUUUUUUGAUGUCAAUGGUGACCCUCCUGCUUCUUAUGAUAUUAUUAACUGGCAGCUGAUAGAUGGGCAGGUGCAACAUGUCACACUGGGUCAUUUUGCCUCUGCUGCUAGCAGUGAUUAUAAGCUCAGCAUCAAGGAGGAAGCAAUUGUGUGGAGGACAGGGAAAAUGGUAAUCGUGUCAGUGUCUGUAUGCAGUGCCAGCUGUCUUCCAGGGUCCCGGAAGGCUGUCCGUCGUGGGGAGCCUAUUUGCUGCUUUGACUGUGUACCAUGUGACAGUGGCAAAAUUAGCAAUGAGACAAAUUCAAUAGAGUGCACAUUUUGUCCUGAGGACUUCUGGUCAAACAAAGACAGAACAGCCUGCAUCCCCAAGAAGGUGGAGUUCUUGGCCUAUGAUUCCUUGGGUAUAGCCCUGACAGUGAUCUCUGUGGUGGGUGCCUGCCUCACUAUAACUGUCUUUGCAGUCUUUUUCUCUCAUAGAAACACAGCCAUCGUCCGUUUGAAUAACUCUGAACUAAGCUUCUUCAUCCUGUUCGCGCUGACUCUGUGUUUUCUGUGUUCCCUGGUGUUCAUUGGAGAGCCAACAUCUUGGUCUUGCAUGCUGCGCCACACUGCCUUUAGCAUCACAUUUUCACUUUGCAUCUUCUGCAUUCUGGGGAAGUCUCUGGUAGUGUUGGCUGCUUUCACUGCCACCAGGCCAGGGGACAACAUCAUGAAGUGGCUGGGGCCCAAGCAGCAGAGGGUCAUUAUCUUCAGUUGCACUCUGGUUCAGGUGGUUAUCUGCGCUUCCUGGCUCAUUGAUGCUCCCCCUUUUCCAUCCCGAAAUACACAAUAUGAACGCUCAAAGAUCAUACUGGAGUGUAGUGUGGGCUCCAGCUUUGCAUUCUGGUGUGUUCUGGGAUAUAUUGGUCUACAGGCCUGUCUGUGCUUUGUACUAGCUUUUCUGGCCCGUAAGUUGCCGGGCAACUUCAUUAUUUUUACCAUGUUGAUCUUCUGUGUUGUGUGGCUGGCAUUCAUCCCUGCUAACAUCAGCUCCCCUGGAAAUUAUGCAGAUGCUGUGGAGUCAUUUGCCAUUCUGGCUUCCAGCUUGGAGGGCUUGUUGUUAUGCCUGUUUGCUCCAAAGUGUUACAUUAUUUUACUAAACCCAGAAAAGAAUACAAAACAGCACCUAAUGGGAAAAGAAAAUAAGUAA